UUUUAAAAAAUGAGUGUGGGAUAGACUCACGUCGAUUUUUUUAAUACCAUUCCGCUAUGAAGAAGUGUGAGAACAAAAUGCUAACUAUUACUGAAAAAUCCAGAGUAAUUUUGCUCAAUAAUUAUUUUCCUGUAAAAUCAUUUUUGUGCAGAUAUUUUUUUUAGAUAUUCGAUAAAAUCAGGGAAAUAUAGAUCCAAAACAUUACGUGGCGAGCAGUUUCGAAUAUUUCAGAUCUGCAUUACCCGAAAAAUCUAAAACAAAUAGGUAUGAAAAAUUUUGGCACCAACACUGCGUGAAAUGUGAAAAUAUGCAAAUAAUGCAUUUUUCCAUAGACUCCUGAAAAUUUUCAAUUAUUUACCAAAUUAUUUCUCUAAAAAGAUUGGAAUUCUCAUGAAGCGGGGGAGUUCCCCGUGAUGUUACGGAUUUAAUAAACAAUUCUCAAGAUUACCUUUGGACGGAAUUAUUACAAAUUCGAAAGUUUUGGCACCUACCGGAUUAGUACAAUUCCCGGUAUUUACCCUUAGACAAGGAAAACAAUGUACACGAGGAUGGCUCGCCCCCCUCCGGGCCCUUGCCCCUUCCACCGUUGUCCAGGGGGUGCCAAAUGGGCAUGAUUUCCUAUAAGAAGAGGGAUGUUGUCCGGUGCAGUCAUUAUUCUUCGACAACACGUCAUAGAAGUACAACUAGAAGCAGUACAAGCUAUCUUAGACACUUCGAAACCUCUGCACUACAAAUUCAGACUCUUGCAAAAAAACGAGACAGUGAAGUAAACAUGGCAGCAGCACGAAAUCAAGGAGAGUCGAUGCCUUUGCUCGUUCCCAACUUCUUCCCCGGAGGACCAUUUUACAUCACUUAUCGCCGAUGUUUCUGCAAGAAGGAGAUGAUUUUGGUGCCAGUACCACUGUAUCCGGCCCCUUCGCCAUGGCCUGCGUGCUAUUAUCCACCGCCUUCAUGCCUGGUGAAGUCUGAUGCCUGUCAGUGUCGUGGAUUCUGCCUUCACAAGGAUAUUCGUUCCUUGGAACUGGAACCUAUGUUCACUGCUGAAUUGAAUCCUGCGUGGCCCGAAUAUCCAUCAUACUCUGAGGACCAGCUCGCAUCCAUUUCUGAUAGUAACGAAUCAUCACGCCGACGUCGUCAUCGGCGUAACGCAAAACGUGAGAAAACUGAGAUCAUCGACGAUCUGUAUGGAUCAUGGGAAGAUCUAGACCGCUGAUUGCAUUUUUCCAUUUCUUUAUGCUGAGAAAUAAUCAGCAAACAUUUGUAAAAAGUUGUUAGUGUAUCAAUAGUGUAUAAUAUGUACAUAAUUUUGUAAUUUGACAAAGGA